AAACUACAUAAUUUAAUAACGUACGGUCACACUCCCCCACGUCCUCCAUCGUGAAAGCCACUCCACCUCUCACUCCCCUCAUAUUCCCCCCCAAAAUCCCACCUCCCACAAACCACCAAAAUGUCCCGAAAUCCCGACUUCUUCAGCGACUGGGACGACCUGCCCGCCGAAUUCUUCACCGCCGCCACCAUCACCCCCACCGCUCCCCUCCGGCCUCCUCCCUCGGCCCCCGCCGACACCAGCUGGCCUGCUCCCUCGGGCCCCGCCGGCCCCCUGCCCGAAUUCUCCGGCCGCGCCGACGGCAUCUUCAGCCCCCCGCCCCGCCCGUCCCGCCCCCCCUCCCUCGACCUCCGCCCGCGCCCGCUCCGCGAGACGCAGGCCGGCUCCUUCCUCCGCGCGAUCGCCGCCGCCGCCGACGAUGACCAGAUCUGGGCCGCCCAGGAGUCCGGCGUCCGGUUCUGGAACCUCUGCGAGGCCUUCGGCGACGGAGGCGCGCGGGGGAGGGCGAGGAGGGGCGACGAGGAGAGCGCGCCGUUCUGGGAGUCGUGCCGCACGGCGCCCGCCCUGUGCCUCGCCGUAGAUCGCGGCCGCAGGGUCGUGUGGAGCGGGCACCGGGACGGGCGCAUCCUGGGAUGGAGGACGGAGUCGAGGGGCCCUUUGCCGCCACCGCCGCCGCCAAACUCGUCGGUGGAUCAGAGCGGCGAUUUCAAGGAGUGCCUCGCGUGGAACGCCCACCGUGCUCCGGUCCUCUCGAUGGUCGUUACUCCGUACGGUGACUUGUGGUCCGGAUCUGAAGUUGGAAUUGUUAAAGUUUGGUCUAAGGAUGCUCUUGAGCACUCCCUCUCUGUAGCAAUAGAAGAAAGUCAUAAAGUUUCUCAAUUGGUUGAGAGGUCAUAUGUUGACCUUAAGAGCCUAGUCACUUAUGGAGGAGUCUGCCCCUUACCUACUGUAGAUGUUAAACAUUUGUUGUCUGAUAAUUCUAGAUCAAAAGUGUGGAGUGGUGGUUAUCUUUCAUUUGCACUUUGGGACUCUCGUACAAAGGAGCUUCUCAAGGUCAUUAACAUAGACGUCCAGGUUGAGACUCGGUUUGAUAUCUUGUCUGUUCAGGGUGCUUAUGAAGAGGAUGAUACAAAGAUAAACCUUUUCUCCUCUUUUAAGAAGGAUAAAUCACAAAGUUCUGUCAGUUUUUUCCAGAGGUCGCGUAAUGCCUUGAUAGGAGCAGCUGAUGCUGUUCGGAGAGUUGCAGUCAAGGCUGGAUUUGGGGAUGAUAAUCGAAGAAUAGAGGCAUUAGCAAUGUCAAUGGAUGGAACGAUUUGGACUGGUAGUGCAAAUGGCUCACUUGCUCUUUGGGAUGGUAAUGGUAAUCGGCUACAAGAGUUUCAACAUCACGCUUCUUCUAUUCUGUGCAUUUGUACAUUCGGUUUGAGAGUGUGGGUGGGUUACAUGGAUGGUACAGUCCAUUUAAUGGAUAUUGAAGGAAAUUUGAUAGGAGGAUGGGUAGCCCAUAACAAUCCAAUUAUAAAAAUGGCUGUUGCUGGUUUGUAUAUUUUUACAUUGGCUAAUCACGGGGGGAUUUGUGGAUGGAAUCUGUCCUCUCCAGGGCCUAUUGACAACAUCUUGCAAUCCGAGUUGAUACAGAAAGAGACACUAUACAGCAAAUUUGAACAUCUGAAAAUUCUAGUGGGUACUUGGAAUGUUGGGCAAGAAAGAGCAUCUUAUAAUUCACUUGCAGCUUUGCUGGACUUCUCUGAAUCAGAGGUUGGAUUAGUUGUUGUUGGGCUGCAAGAGGUUGAAAUGGGUGCUGGUUAUCUUGCGAUUGCUGCUGCUAAAGAGAAAGUAGGAUUAGAAGGAAGCCCAAACGGGCAGUGGUGGUUGGAUUCUAUUGGGAAUGUCUUAAAUGGAGCCUCCUUCGAGCGUGUUGGUUCAAGGCAGUUGGCAGGAUUACUUAUUGCUGUAUGGGCUAGGAGGAACCUUAAGCAGUACAUUGGUGACAUUGAUUCUGCUGCAGUACCAUGUGGGUUUGGGCGCGCAAUUGGGAACAAGGGUGCUGUAGGUUUGCGGAUGAGAAUAUAUGACAGAAAUAUAUGCUUCGUGAAUUGCCACUUUGCUGCUCAUAUGGAAGCAGUGGACCGGCGGAAUGAGGACUUUGAACAUGUUUUCCGUACAAUGACUUUCAAUUCCCUGUCCAGUGGGCUUCUUGCUGCAGCAGGCUGCACUUCUGUUCAGCUGAACCGUGCAGCGAAUGCUACUAAUAACAGAAAGCCUGAAUUAUCGGAAGCAGACAUGGUCGUGUUUCUGGGUGAUUUCAACUACCGUCUUCAUGAUGUUUCCUAUGAAGAAGCAAUGGAGUUGAUUUCUCGAAGACGAUUUGACCGUCUUAGAGAAAAAGACCAGCUCCGGGCCGAAAUGAAAGCGGGCAGAGUCUUUCAAGGACUGCGUGAAGCACAAAUCGAUUUUCCUCCUACAUACAAAUUUGAAAGGAAUCAAGCAGGUCUUUCAGGGUAUGAUUCUAGUGAUAAGAAGCGCAUUCCAGCCUGGUGCGACAGAAUAUUGUAUCGUGACAAUCAAUCUGUGUCAGGAGCUCAAUGCUCUUUAGAAUGCCCUGUA